AUGGGCACGGAUGUGCCGGAGACGCUGACCAGCGAUCGCGAGGCGACGGCUGCAGCCAUCCUGGAACUGACCGAGGAGGCUGAACCCCUGCUAUCGAAGGAAGAUGCGAGCGAAGAGACACGUGGACAACAGCAGCGCCUGUGUGCUGCCAUUGCAGAGGUGUGCAAGGAUGAGGAAGCCCGCGCCAAGCUCACGGCUUCCCCGGCGCUCAUGCAAAGCGUGCACGAGACGCUGAGCGCCGCGUGCGCUCAGGAAGCCCUGCCCGUGGUUGUGCAGUGCCUCCGCGCCAUCGGCAACAUGUGCUUCGACAACGACGCCGCGCGGCAGGCGCUGCGCAGCACCAACGGUGUCGCCGCCCUCGGCACUGCCUUGCAGGUCAUCGUACGCCACGCUGCACGCGCAAGCGAGAACCAGCAGGACCAGCAGCAGCCACAGCCACAGGUGCAGCUCAUGGCGGGGCCAGGCUCCAUCCUGAACGCCGCGGGCGAGAGCGAGGAGCUGCAGAAGGAGCUGGUGGAGGCCGGCGUCGUGGACAACCUCAUGUGGCUGCUGUCCAACGCGCCGACAGAGCAGGAGAAGGACAUGGCGCUGAACGCGCUCAUGCGGUUCACGCCUGUUGAGAAGGCCAUGCAGCAGCUGGCCACGACAACGCACCUCUCAACGCUCAUCUCGCGUCUGGAGGCGUGCAGCGACGUGGAGGACGCAGACUCCCUCGGUGAGCUGCUCAAGCAGAUCACCAACAACGACAAGAACCUGCCUGCGUUUGCAGAGGACCCCGCCUUGAUCCAUAGGCUCAUGGCGCUGGCGCAGGUCGGCGCUGGCGCUGCAGAUGAAGUGCCAAUCACGCGUGCGCGCGUGGUCGCGGCGGGCGUCGUUGCGGUGCUGCUCAGCGACGACGCGUGCCUGGCUGUGCUGUGGGGCAACGACAAGCACCGCGACGAGCUUCUCACGGCGCUGCGCUCGUGGAUGGAGCCCGCCCUCGCAACGUCGGCGGCGAAACAGCGAGCAGAGCACGCGGGCGAGGCUGUCGCAGGAGAAGCAGCGCAGAGCGAGAACCAGGGCAGCCAGGCACUCCAGCCGCGGCCGCACGCGGGCGAAGGUGAGGAGGUGUCGCCUCUCGCGGCACUGUCUGACCCGGCCAUGCGCCAGGUGGUGGACAAGGCCGUGGCAGGCCUCAUUGGCAUCGGCAACAUCUGCCGCUCCGACGACAACGCGCGCGUGCUCGGGGAGACGCCAGGCCUGCUGCCGGCACUGGUUGCCCUGUCCACCCACAACCUGGGCUUCGUGCAGCACGCGGCGCUCGGGGCGCUGAACAACGUGGUCAAGCUCAAAGACAACCGCAACAAGGCGGUGGAUGCUGGCGCUGUGGACGCCCUCCUGCGCGUGAUGAACGAUCCGCAGGCGCCUCUGCAAUACCUGGCGUGCUCCUCGCUUCGCAUCCUGAGCAGCGCAGACAGCCGCGACCUGCACACGCGCGUGGCGACGGACACAGACGUGCUGCACCGCAUCAUCCACCUCACGGGCAGCGAGGUGAUGGCGGCGCGUGGGGAGGCCAUGCGACUGCUGGUGACGGUGGUCAAGACAGGGCGGGCUGCUGAGAUUAUCGCGCCCAUUGUCACUGGCGGCGCCGUGGAUGUGUUUGUGCGCAUGCUGCAGGAGGAGCACCCGCUCUUCAAGUGCGAGGGCAUGAUCGGGCUGGCCGUUGCGUCCGCUGCGGGAGACGAGUGCGAACAGCUGCUGCUGGCGAACGACGGCGCCCCGCUCACGGCAGCAAUGGACCAGGUCCAGCAGACGGAGAUGGUGGAGCUUGGCCUCAACUUCCUCGCCGCGCUGACACAGCUCAUCCAGAACAGGGGCGCGGCUGUUACCGCCCUCCCCGUCACCCAGCGCGCCGCCACCUUUGCACGGGAGCGGCUUCGUCUCGUGCCGGAACCAGCGGUGCAGGCGCAGGUCAGGCAGUUCCUCAGCCUCAUCGAUGCUGGCGACGACAACAAGUGA